AUGAACAAAGAUCCAGAAAAUCCCACGAUCUCGGGGUCACCAGGCGAUCCCUCGGCGUGUGCUUCGUCUACCGCCCAUGAUCUAGCAAUUCCCUCGAAGGAGUUGACAAUACCCGCUCAGACCCCUUUUGGGGCUGAGUUAACCACAGCGAAUGCGAAUAAUACUACUACUACUCCUACCACGAAUACUGCUAUUGCCAAUAACACUAUGGGUGGGCCUGGCUACGCGCCCUACGGAGGUGGGAUGUCGCCUUAUGGCUACGGCAUGGACCCGUACGGCUUCGGAAUGGGUGGGAUGGGGAUGGGGAUGGGUGGGAUGGGAAUGGGAAUGGGCAUGGGGAUGGGCAUGUUCGGAAUGAUCCCUGAGGCACAGCGAAGCCAAAUGAUGAUGUUUAUGAUCAGCCGCAUCCUAGAGCUGUGGAACAUGUUUUCUCAGGUUAUUCAAAUGGCCUUUGGAAGCGUCUUUCAGUUUGUGGGCAACUAUGUAAAUAUUAACCAAAAGCUUGCUCAAAUUGAACAGGAUGAGAUAAUUCAAAAUGAGCAGUUUAUUAUUAAUGAGCGGAAGAGGGUAGCGGAGUUACAGAAACUACCUCAAGAACCAAUUCGGGUGAGACAUCGAUCUACCAAAUUGCACAAAAAAACAAGUUUCUUUAAAAGGUUGAUCUUGAGAAUCUUAUUGCAUGCCAUUUUGGCUCUUGUUUCUUAUCUUUUAACUAAACGCAUCACGGGGUGGUAUAAUGCGCGCAAAGCCAGACGCAUAAUGGCAGAAGUCGCCCAGGAGCAGUUCGACGAAGGGUUGAAAAUGUUAAAUUAA